AGUAGUGCCUGCAGUAGGGCUUGACUAACAGCUAAGAAAUCAACUAUAUCAAGAUUUUUUAAUUAUUUCUGGGAUCCAGAUUUGAACCAUCUUGGGUUGUUUGGUGUGGUGAAGUUACAUGAUCAUUGCUCAGUGUGUGCUCUCCAGAGGGAGUCCUCCCAGGGUGCUCUGUCCCUUCUUGCUGUGAAAGAGACUCUCUCUGGUCCCAAGUGUUAAUCUCCUUUCUCUGGGAGAUUAAAAGAAAAAGGUGGUUUCAUCUCCAGGCAACACCCUGUGCCAAAAAAAUGGUUUCUGUGCAAUAGUCCUAGAAAGGAGAUCCAAGGAGAUAAGAUCAGACUGGAACGACAUAACAUCAGCCAAAGAAAUGGUGCCGGAAUUAACAAUAAGGAAAACAAGCACAGAUGAAUUCAGUAAGUGUGAAAGCUGCGGGGCCUGCUGGGCUGGUCCCUUCUCAGUCAGCUGUGGAGAAACACACCCAGGAGAGAGCCCAGCUGCCCCGUGGGUGCACAGAGCUCAGUUCUGCCAUCACCUUCACUGGGAAGGCUGCAGGUAUCCAUGUGCAGCUGAAUAAGUCUGGCUGAGCCCAGCACCUGCAGAGUCUUUGCUGGAAAAUAAAGGGUUGUCCCUCAGGCAGUCUGCAUGUGGAAACUACCUCCUCUGGCAGAGAAAAUGGGUCAGAAGGUCUCCCAGGAGAACAACCAGGAGAACAAGGCUGAAACUCUGGUCAUCUGUGAAGUCUUCAGCCAGGGUGUGCUCCAUGCAUCUCAAAGGCUGAAGGACUAUCUGGGUUUUGUGGAUCCUGAAAGCAAAUUCCAGCCAGCCACUAACAUGCUGAGCGAGAUCUUCCUGAUCAACUUCAUUGGCUUCUGCAUGGGAAAGGGCAUGGAGGAGCGGAUCAUGACCAGCAAAAUGACCAAGCAGCAGUCCUCCCUGUUCGGAGUGGACUGGAUCUGGACUCUGUGUGGGUGUGACAAGCAGAUCAAGCUGCAGAUCGCUGUGCCAAGGAUUGCUGCUGGGAGGCCGCGCUGGCCGAUGAGUGCUUCCAGAACUUCCAGAACUUAGAAACAGAGCAGGUUUGAGAAGCUGGCUGAGUUCUGCCGCCUGGUGGGACAGGACUGCCUGGGCUUGUUUGUCAUCUUUGGCAUGCCAAGGAAGCCCAAGGACAUCCGAGGAGUCCUGCUGGACAGCGUUGCCAAGGAGGAGCAAAAAUGCCGUCUGUCGGGCAGGAAUGCGCUGCGGCAAUUUGUCACCAGCACUGACAGCUCCCUGCCCACAAAAGACAUGCUGGAAGAUUGCCUGGGCACCAAAACAGUGAAGGAUGUGGGCAAUGUGUACAUAAACUUUGUGUGA